AUGGCGACAGCUGCAGAGGAGAUCUGCCCCAACCGUACCAUCUCAGAAAACACUGAGACAUCCGUUUCUUUCAAAACGGCAAGGAAAAACCAGGAUAGACCCUGGAAACUGAGGUUAAUUUAUCUGCAGUGCUAUUUUUUAACAAUUGCUGCAAUACUGGGGACUGGAAUCCUCGGACUGCCAGUAACGAUAGCUCGGGCAGGUCUGGUGCCUUUCCUGAUCUCCUUUCUUACAGGUUUUCUAGUGCAGGCUCUGCUCAUAUACCUGUUUGUAGAUCUGCUGCAGAAAUGUCGUUUAGCCCAACUGGAGGCAGUGAAGACUGCGGAGACGGAGAUAAUCUUAAUGGAGGAUGUUGGCUCUGAAGAGCCUCCAACACUUAAUACAGAGGAGGAAGAGGAUGGGGAUGAAGGAGCAGAGGCAGAUAUGGGUCUUCUGCAGAGGGACACAACAGCACAGAGGCAAGAGGAGGAGCUCCAGCCAAAUCUGCACAUGCUGGGAGUUCUGUUCCUGGGCAAGCACACCAGCCGUGCCUUCAACUUUGUUCUCCUCUUUCAAUUUGUGUCUAUUGGAAUCAGUUACGUCUUGGCAGGAAGUGAGGCCUAUGCUGCACUUUUUCAUACCAGUCAUGUCUACUUGAUCCCUGCAUUUACAUGGACACUCUCAUUGGGCAUUCUCCUGGCCCAGGUUAUCAUUCAGCCAAUAAUGUCUCUGCUGACACUCCUCAAAGGAAUCCUGUUGGUCAUAACGGUGGUCGUGACAUUUGUUGUGGGUUCUGAGGUUCACCUGGAGACCACAAAUGACUUCACCCAAAUCGGAAAACCUUUUCUAAUGGGAACGGUUGCUCUUGGUGGGAUAGUUAACGUCAUGCCAUUCUUAUUUUCAGAAAUAUCCCACAUCAAAAUACAGGUCUUAUGGUUCAGGAGAGCCGUACUCGGAGGACUUGCUACAUGUACUCUCUUAAAUAUAUUAUGGUGUUGGGCAGUGUUAGAGAUUGUUCCCCAGAUGGCAAUGGAGUCAUUGUUGGAGGAGAGACUAUUAAAUAGCAGUGCAGAUACGACUCAGCCUGUACACACAUUUGUCUACUCCAACAUCUCCCUAGAAGAAUCAGAAAAAGCAGGGGAGAUAGCGACGAUACCUCUAACCAAGAUCAUAACUCAGAGGUACAGCCGGUUCUCCUGGGUGGCAGAGCUGAUCCAGAUCUUCAUCACCAUCAGUAUAACCGUCAGCUUCCUUGUGAUGGGCACUGCCAUGAAGCACACAAUCGAUGGCCUCGUCAGCACACACUGGGCGGAGAAUGCAGAAUGGAUGGCAAAAAUCAGCAUGAGGGUAUUGCCCUAUAGGGCACAGUGGAGGACAUUAAGCCAAAGCUUGCAGCAUUGCAGACGGUUCUUUGGUGGUUUUAUGUCCUUUCUGGCUUUUGGUCUUAUGUUUGUUGUUUCGGCUUGUGAUCCAAAGGGAUUUAUUGUAAUGCUUGACAAAGUGGUUUCCUUCUCCUUAAACACUGAAGUGGGCUUGUUCAUCUUUCUCAUGCUCAGGACCUCCAGAUCGGAACGCUUCAAACAUCUGACAGUGCCUUUAGCAGCGAGUGAGAGACUAUUCAGGCUCCACUGGCUGCUGCCCAUCUACUUCCUGUUUGCCGUGGCUUAUGACAUUUUCCAGAGUUUUCUGGAGAUCACAGAGAACAUGUCUCACAUCCUUCAUGCCAAUUCUUCUCUCCUGUGAGAAACACAAAAGACCUUUCUGACUGGAUAUCAGUUGCUGCUGAGAUCCCUCAGGAACGGACAGUUAUCACCACACACUGUGCCAAUGACCCAACCCAAACACAGAUGAUGUCUCCACAACUCCAGAGGAUAGCACGUCUAUAUCAGGCACUGAUCAUAGGAUAAGCCCAAGGCAAUCCUGACCUGAAACUUAAUUUAAAAAAAAAAAGUACUGCACCAGUUGUGGAAUUUGAGCGGAGCACACUAUUGUUUCUUUUCGCUGUUGACACUCCACACAUGAUUUGUAGAUGUUCUUCAAGCAAAAUGGCCCCUCUUUCAUGCAUGCCAAGAAUGUUUCAUAUAACCUCUUUCAUUUAAAUCUAGUAAAUCACAUAUGCCCUCAAGAGUUAGAGAAACAUUCCGAUCAUUAUUUUGAUUGAAUCAACAAUACAGUGAUUAAAUCUGAUGCCGCACCAUCAAACCAUAGGAAUGGUUCCAGAAGUGCUGCUACUUUUAAAUAAGAGACAUCUUGAAAAAUCAUGUGCUAUUAUUGUAGUCCAGUAUAUCAUGUGCUUUAAUAAGCAGGCUGGACAGCUUUGACAAGGAAUACAUUACAUGUUCUUUAUAGUAGAAAUAUUUAAAUCACUCAACUACAGAUUAUUUAUUCACCUGCAAAUCAUUUAAAAUUGUAUUUAUUGACAUUAUAAUAAAAUAAAAGA